GCCUCAGGGUUGUGGUGACUGCUGCGCACAGCGGGGAGGAGCCGGGCCUGCAGCCGGAGGGGUACAGCGAGGAAGAGCAGGAGAGCGAGGAGGAACGGGAGCAGGAGGAGGAAGAGGAGCAGGCGCAGGCCAGCGAGGAGGACGAAGAACAGGAGCAGGCCAGCGAGGAGCUCAGUGAGGAGCCGAGUAGCCCCGCCGCCAUGCUGGACGUGUUCCGCUCCAUCCCCACGCAGAUGGACUACAAGGGCCAGAAAUUAGCGGAACAGAUCUUCCAGGGCAUCAUUCUUGUCUCUGCCGUAAUUGGUUUCAUCUACGGAUACGUCACUGAGCAGUUUGGAUGGACUGUCUACAUAGUUAUGGCUGGAUUUGCUGUAUCCUGUUUGCUGACGCUCCCUCCAUGGCCCAUGUACCGCCGCAACCCCCUGAAGUGGCUGCCUGUGCAGGAGUCGGGCACAGAGGAUAAGAAGCCAGCAGACAGAAAACCAAAGAGGCAUUCUAAAAGCUAAAUAAAAUUGUUCUUUGUUAUGUUGACCGAGAAUCUGCACCUCCCAUCCCCACGGCCAACCGGACUCAUGGAAAAUCAGGAUGCUGCUGUCUUUUUACUAUUGCUUUCUUCAUCCCUCUUCCCAUCUCCAGGCUUAGUCAACCAAGAAUUUUAUAAUAAACUGUUUGGGCAAA